CCCAGACUCAAGACUUUCCCUUUCUGGCUGAGUUCAAACACUGCAACAAUGCCUGCCCCAGGUGUGUGUAUGAACAUCCUCAAUGCCCGUCAUGCGAAAGAUGGCAGAGGGACCAGCAACAACCCCGAGCAGUUUCUCAACCAAGACUUUGUGCAGCUGAAACAGUACUGUCUCAUCAAACAGGUGAGGUACAUCGAUGACAUGUUCCCCCCUGACAGAAGGUCCAUCGGUCAGGGGGUACUGAGUCCUUCUGACCUGAAGCGAGUUGUCUGGCUGAGACCAGGGAAAAUUGUUCCCAAUCCUUUUUUUGAAGUUGAUGGGGUCUCCAGGUUUGACUUUGGUCAAGGCGUAGUUGGAGACUGCUGGUUUCUUGCAUCUAUCGGAGCUCUGACAUUCCAGACUGACAUCCUUCAGCAAGUUGUUCCUCUCGAUCAAAGAUUUGAUAAGGACUACUGCGGGAUGUUCCACUUCAGGUUUUGGAGAUUUGGAAGAUGGGUGGAUGUUGUCAUUGAUGACAAACUACCAACAAUUGACGGCAGACUAAUCUUCGUUAGCUCCAAAGACCCAACUGAGUUCUGGCCUGCUUUACUGGAGAAAGCCUAUGCCAAAGUGUGUGGUUCCUACUCAGACAUGAAUGCUGGAACUCCCUCUGAGGCUUUGUAGGACUUCACUGGUGGUGUUCACAUGUGUAUCAAUCUGGCAGAGCCUCCCCAAAACCUGUGGGAACUGAUGUUCAGAGCUGGCAAAUCUACGGCAUUGAUGGGUUGUGGUACACCACAGGGGGAGACAUCUGCCAACACGGUGUUACCGAAUGGAUUGGUCCAAGGCCAUGCCUACGCUGUUACUGGUUUGAAACAGGUGAUGAGCCGAGGGCAAAUGGUAAACCUGGUGCGUUUGUGGAACCCCUGGGGCAGGGGGGAGUGGAACGGAGACUGGAGUGAUCGGUCGCCUUUAUGGCAAACUGUGAGUCCUGAGGAUCAUGAGAUGUGCCUUUCAGUGGCCGAUGAUGGGGAGUUUUGGAUGACCCUGGAAAACUUCUCAAAGUUCUACUCAGACCUUGACAUCUGCUGCCUUUGUCCCGACUUCCUUGAUGGAAGCUCUUCAUGCCAUUGGAAGACCUCCUACCAUGAGGGCAGAUGGGUUGCAGGAACAACUGCUGGAGGAUGCAUUAACAACCUUGACAGUUUCUGGACUAAUCCGCAGUAUCGGGUCAGGAUCGAGGGUUUGCUCAGUGAAUGUUCUUCAGGCCAAGAUGAGAAAAACAUGCUGGUGUCUCUCAUGCAAAAACCAGACAAGAGAAACAGACGCCUGGUCAAAAGUCUCCACAUUGGAUUCUCUGUAUUUGAGGUGACUGAAGAAUACAAGGCACACAGAGGGAAGUUCCCAGCCUCUUUCUUCAGCAGAAACAAAGCUGUUGCCCAAACAAAAACCUACAUGAAUGCACGUGAGGUGAUGGAGUUCUUUUUGCUCAAGCCUGGCGAAUACCUGAUUGUGCCGUCCACCUUUAAUCCAAACGAGACAGCCUCCUUCAUCCUGACCAUCCUUUCCAAGGCAGAGACCCACAUCCAUGAGAAUUCUGGUGGCCAUAACCACGAACAUAAGAAAACAGAAGAGCCCAUACACAUCAAAAAUGGAGGGGAUGAUAAAAAGAAGAGGGUGAUGUUCCGACAAUACUCUGACGAGUAUGAAGAAGUGAAUGCUGAGCAGCUUCAGAGGCUUCUCAAUGAAAACAUCCUGCAAGGACAUUUGAAAUCUGGAGGCUUCAGCCUUGACGCCUGUCGCAGCAUGGUUGCUCUGAUGGAUACGUCAAUCACCGGCAAACUGAACUCUGAGGAAUUUGUUCGUCUGUGGAAGAAGGUCGUCACAUACAAGGACAUAUUCUUCCACACAGAUGUUUCCCAAACGGUAACACUGUCACUGAGUGAGCUGAGGAAUGCAAUCAUGGCUUUAGGAAAGAGGAUCAGCGAUGACAUGCUGAACUUGAUGGCUCUGCGCUAUGGUGCCUCUUCUGGACACAUGACGCUGGAGAGCUUCAUCAGUCUCGCCCUUCGCUUUGACUGCAUGAACCAAAUCUUCAACCAGCUGUCUGAUGGAGUGCACAUCAAGAAUCUUGGCGAAUCAGAGUGGAUGUACCUUGCGAUGUACACUUAACCUGAGAGAGAAGAUGAACUGCAGGAUUCAUUUAGAAUUACAGCAGCAGAUUAUGUGAAAGAAAAUAAAUAUGUGUUCUUCUGCAAAUGAGCGAUGAAAUGUAUCAAAUGUAUCAAAUCACAAUUAGAUCAUGUAAGGAAGAAGUGUUUUAAAUCAAUAAUGUGUGCACUGUUACCACGAGCAAAUGUACUGACAUAUAUGUGAACACCUGUGAACCUAUCCCAUGAUGCAUAGCAAAAAUACUUCACUAUUUUAAGUUUACAUUUUAUUCUCUUUGAUGUACAGUACAGGCCAAAAGUUUGGACACACCUUCUCAUUCA